ACUCAAUAAUUGCAACUCUGCAAGUGCGAACUAACUGCUUUAAAAUGCUUCCAAGAAACGGUAUUUAGAUAAAAUUGAGCAACGUGUCUGUCUUGAUGUUAAAAUGAGUGUAUCGCUUAGUCAGUGUAUUGAAGAAGGCAACACAACAGCGCUGCGCGCUUUAUUGGAGCGCUACAAAAAUAAGCGAGAGAAAUUGGAUCUGGAGGAACCGGAUACCUAUGGCAAUACGCCACUUCUAAAGGCCUGCUAUUUGGCGAAACUCGAACACGUGGAGUUGUUGCUGCGCUAUGGAGCCAGCCUAAAAUCUAUAAAUUAUCUAGGUCAGAAUGCUUUAACGAUAGCAACUUAUGCGGGUAGCUUGGAAAUUGUGCGUUUGCUGUUGAGUUUUCGCUCCUACUCAGAUUUUAACAAGUCUUCCAUAGUGCCGGCGCUGUGUGUGGCUUGCCUACGUCAAAACAAAACCCUUAUAGAAUAUUUCAAACGCUUUCCCAGCACAGAGGAGGAAGUGAAGACGGCACACGGGCUUUCACCAGCACAAAUUAGCGAAUGGGUGGAAAUCUAUAACAGAUCCCGAGCUGAGCCAAGAGGAUCAUCUGCUGCUAAUGGAUCAGCUUAUAGGAUGCGUUAAAUUAUGGCGUGUGUUAAGAGGCAUUGGAAUAGUUUGUAAAGCGCAUUCACCUGAUAGAUCAACGGAAUAUAUUCGUAAGCUAUCUGAGGUGUUCAAACGUGUGGUAAACGCUGCAAUUAGCGCAAAAGUGAACCAGUUUUUUAUGUUUUUAAUUUGUGUUUUUUGGUAAAAAAGUUUUAAUAUUAUUGUUUAUUGAAUGUGUGUUUAUGUAUUCAUGUUUAUUAGUAUUAUUAUAUUAUGUUUAUUUUUAAUCUGCUGAAUCGAAACGGCUGCUAAAAUUAUGGGAGAAGAUAAGAGAAAUACAAUAUAAAUUUUGCUGGAAAUAUAUUAUUUAUUAAUUACAUAUAAUUUUUAACAGAUUUUAAUAAAAUAUUUUGUGUAAAUGUUU